AGAACCACAACUUUCAUCUAAAGCACCCCAAUGCUUUUUCUGGCACUAUUAAACAACUAUAAUUUUUCCCCAGAUUGUAUUUCAUUGGCAUUGAGCAAUCUUACAAAUGAAUGACUGUUGUAGGGUUUCACUCAUAGUAAGCAGCAUAAUUUGGCCAGUGAUAUGAAAAUAUAAACAGAUUCUCUGUUCUUGGUGCACCACACCAAUGUUCAUCCAGUGUCUUUCUUUUUCAGAUCUUCCAUCCCAUGAUGACAGCCUUCAGCAGAAUCACUAGCAAUCCCAAUUCUACGGUAUCAGCCCCAUACUGGCAAGAUAACUCCACAGAACCUGGAUCACCACAGUCUCAUGCCUACUAUGCCCUCUGUUACUGCAUCUUGAUCUUGGCCAUCGUUUUUGGGAAUGUCCUAGUCUGCCUGGCUGUGUUGAGGGAACGUAGCCUGCAUACUACCACCAACUACCUUGUGGUGAGCCUGGCAGUAGCAGACCUGCUUGUGGCCACUUUGGUGAUGCCAUGGGUAGUAUACCUAGAGGUGAUGGGAGGAGUCUGGAACUUCAGCCGUGUUUGCUGUGACGUAUUUGUUACCAUGGAUGUGAUGAUGUGCACAGCCAGCAUUUUAAAUCUAUGCGCUAUCAGCAUUGACAGAUACACUGCAGUGGUUAUGCCUGUUCAUUAUCAGUACAGCACAGGGCCCAGCUCUUGCCGAAGAGUGUCCAUUAUGAUAGCAAUGGUCUGGUUGCUGGCAUUUGCCGUUUCCUGCCCUCUUCUCUUUGGCUUCAACACCACAGGUGAUCCAAAUGUUUGUUCCAUAUCCAAUCCCAACUUUGUUAUCUACUCCUCUGUGGUGUCAUUUUAUCUUCCGUUUUUGGUGACCCUGCUGCUCUAUAUCCGGAUUUACAUGGUUCUGAGGCAGAGACAAAGGAAGCGAAUCCUCACCAGACAAAGCAGCUACAGUGGUAAAACCUGCUACAAACAACAGCAACAUACAGAAAGGAAAGCUUUGCACCAGAAGCUUCCCAGUGCACUCUUGUGCUGUUUGCAGCUAAAGAGUUCAGGUCAAAGGCUGCCUGCUGAAAAGAAGCCCCUGACACCCACAGAACUGCAGCAAUAUUGCAGCUUCUGCCAUGAAGUUUCCGUCUCCAGUACAGGGGAUAGAGAGGCUGUUGAUCUAAAGGUGAGGACAAGAGUCAAGGAACAAAGUUUAGAAGUACGCAAACUCAACAAUGGCAAAACAGCAACCUCUUUGAAGCUACCAUCUCAGCAGCAUCGGGCAAUACAGCUCAGAGAGAGGAAAGCCACACAAAUGCUAGCUAUUGUUCUUGGGACUUUCAUAGUCUGCUGGCUGCCAUUCUUUUUGACACACAUACUGAAUACUAAUUGCAAAGCUUGCCACGUCUCCCCGGAGUUGUACAGUGCUACCACAUGGCUUGGGUACGUCAACAGUGCCCUCAACCCUGUCAUCUACACCACCUUCAACAAUGAGUUCCGUAAAGCUUUCCUCAAGAUCCUGAACUGCUGAAAACUCGGAGAGCAACACAGCAUUACAUACUAUGUGGAUGCUGCAGAUAAACACACCUGAGCGGAUUAUCUCAACCAACAGUGAGGAAAACAACAACACGGCACCCACUUUUGCAUCGGUUUUUCUUUAGCAGCUACUAUGAGAAAUACUUUUCACAAUAGCAGAAUCCGUCUGUUCUGUGUUAGACACUGGUGCAGAAAGAACCUUGAAACUACUUUAAAGUUUUGCAUCCAUGAGAAGCACACAUUAUGAGACUGUCUGAAUAGUUCCAGGAUGCAGCAUUAUUGUGCCAAAGGACACUUUGAAAGGAAAAAAAAUUGCAUGACUCCUUCUGCCAUAGAUACCUCCAAGUAGCAUAUAUUUGACUAUGAACAGUUCUGAAGAGAUUCCUAUUAGGAGAGGCCAGGAGCAGGAACAUCUGAUGUAUUUGCACUCAGUGUUUGAAGUAUAGCACAGUCAUUAGCUGCACAUAGCCAACUGUGACUUACAAAGCAAAUGUGAGUUCACAUAGUUCAAAAAGUUGGGAUCUGUGCACUACUAUUUAUCUAAGCGUAUCACACUGGCCAGUAUAACACAUGCAAGGAGUUAACUGGUUUCACACACUGAAAUAACAGCUAAUGUAAGUAAUUAUAUUUCAGUACUAUCAAUAUUGAAAUAUAUAUAUAGUAGAUAAUGCCAGACACAGUAAAAAGAACAGCUUUACCAACACACAACAAAUAAAACAAAUGUUCUAGAUUUACGCUAAUACAUAAAAACAUCAUUGUAUAUUAUUGACUCUUUCCAACAUUCACUUCACUUGGAAAUAAGUCCAAGUUUUUCAGUGGUACUUCCAAGGAUUAGCACUACAACAUGUU